ACAAUCCAACCCCUCUCCCUCGUUGUGUCACUGUCACCGUACCGCCGCAAUCUCUGAACAUUUCGACGGCUUGAAACCGCGUGACAUUUCAUCGCUAUACCGAGGGUCUCGGAUGUUAGGAGGAAUCAAAAGUUGCCGGCCUCCCUCCGUUUUCUGAGUUCUCGUGAGUCAGUUUCGCCGGCCCGACAAGGGGCCGUUGACAUGCUCCGCUUCUUCUCGCUCGGCAGAUUUUAAGCCUCCCGUCGUGUGUCUGUCGCAAGGUCGGGGAGCCACGAGCGUGUGCGAGCAAGUGAUCGCUCGCCAUGCACAGCCCACUUGGACGCAUUUCAUGCAUGAAGGUUCAGACAAGUCAUUGUCGAGCCAACAUUGAGCGAAGAAAUCGAAACAAGCCUCCGUUUUCGUCACCAAAUCUUGGUCUUUCCGUUUGUAACCAGAGUUCUUGAUUGAGGAGUGACAGCUGCGACCUGCGGUAGCAGUAGAUAGCACGCAAGAAACACUACAAGGGACGAGCAGAACUUUUUUUUUGCGCCAGCUUUCCCGUCGCAGAAAUGGGCUGCCUUCGCCUCUUCAACGGCAGGUUCAAGACCAAGCGCUCCAAGAGGCGGCCGUUGGCGACGGCCCCCGCGCCGGCGCCUGCCGCCUCCGCUGAGGCGCGGUCCAUGGCGUCCGCGGCAGCCGCCAGCUGCGCCUCGUUCGCGUCGUCGGCGAACGUCUCGGAGACCUCGGCCUCCGGCUCGGGCUCCGCUUCGUCGGCGCGGAGCAUCCCGGAGCUGUACGAGGAGAGGGGCGCCCUGCGGGAGUUCGGCCUCCGGGAGCUCCGCGUCGCGACGCGCGACUUCAGCCCACUGCUCAUGGUCGGCGAGGGCGGCUUCGGGUGCGUCUACAGGGGUGUCCUCCGGCUCCCCGGCAGCACGCCGGUCGCCGUCAAGAGGCUCAACCUCAACGGACGUCAGGGCCACAAGGAGUGGCUCGCCGAGGUCCAUUUCCUGGGCGUCGUUGAGCACCGGAACCUCGUCAAGCUCAUCGGGUACUGCGCCUCGCAGACGGACCGAGGCCCGCAGCGGCUGCUGGUGUACGAGUUCAUGCCCAACAAGACGCUGGACGACCACCUGUUCAACCGGGCGUACCCUGUCCUCCCAUGGGAAGUCAGGCUGCAGAUCGCACUGGGCGCAGCCGAGGGAUUGCUGUAUCUCCAUGAGGGACUGGAACUUCAGAUCAUAUACCGCGAUUUCAAAGCGUCAAACGUACUGCUGGACGAGGAGUUCAGACCCAAGCUAUCAGACUUUGGGUUGGCAAGGGAGGGGCCAUCAGAAGGACAGACUCACGUGUCCACAGCGGUCAUGGGCACCUUCGGUUACGCAGCGCCGGACUACGUCCGGACCGGGCACCUCACCACCAAGAGCGACGUCUGGAGCUUCGGCGUGGUGCUGUACGAGAUCCUCACCGCGCGGCGCUCCAUCGAGCGGAACCGGCCCAAGAACGAGCAGAAGCUCCUGGACUGGGUGCGGCGGCACCCGCCCGAGAGCGACCAGCUCGGCCAGAUCAUGGACCCGAGGCUCCAGGGGCGGUACCCUACGCGAGGCGCCGCGGAGGUGGCCAGGCUCGCCAACGGCUGCCUCGCGAAGCUCGGCAGCAACCGCCCCACGAUGAGGGAGGUGGUCGAGGGGCUGAGGCGGGCGAUGCGGCACACGGAGAUGGACGGCUUUGUCGUCGUCGCCGGUGCGGCAACGGAGUACCAGGGCUCGCCUCCUCGUGCGGAGGAGGAGGCGCCGGGGACGCCGGGCGCAGAGGAUGCCAGUGCCGUGGCGAUGGCAGCCGAGGCGAGGAAGAGGCGGAUGCUUCAUCUUGCUGCUCUAGGGAAUGCCGCUGACGCUCACGCGAGGAGGCGGCUCAUGCUCAUGACGGCUGCCGCCGCUGCUCCGACGUGAUCUCCUGCCGCUGUUGAUGCCCUUGACUUCAUUCAUCUACAGUCUCAACCUAUGACCUCUGAAGUAUAUUUGUUUAAUCGAGUUUAUAGGCCUAGUUUUGAAAUUUUUUACAUAUAGUUUUGAAACUUUUUGCAUAUCUUACUCUGUUGUUGUGUGGUUUAGAUGGUUGACAUUUGAUUUGUCCAUUGCUAGGAAAAUCCACAGAAACGCUGGUUUGAAACAACGUUCAGAAAAUAGCAUAUAUUUUUAAGCAAUUCGUAGAACAACACAUGUUUCAACGAAUUAAUUUAUAAAACAACAUUUUAUCUUUAUUUUGCAUUCUUUCAUUAUUUACACCAAAUACAAAUGGACCAAAUUACCCCUAUUUAUUUUAUAGCCCUCUUUUUAAUCUCUUCUGUCCAUGAGAAAAAACAUAAAUAGAUAAAAUAUAUGAGCUCCAUUUUUUAUGUUAAACAUACAAAUAAACACAUAUCUUUUUUUUAUGAAGAAACAAGUCUAGAUUUAACUAUUGAACUUUAAACCUAGGUAUCUCCGGUAUCGAACUAUUAAAAUUAGACACACUUGGUUCACUGAAAGGCCUAUAUUCAAAUGUACUUCCUCCGUUCUUUUUUAUUUAACGUGUUUGUUUCUUAAAAACUUCAAGCACUCCUCUUGUUUUUAAAAAUUGCAUGUUCUUUAAAAACUACUAUCCCUUCCCAAAAUAUAGUUUUGGACUUCAGUGGUUAAAUCUAAACUUCUUCCCUUAUAAAAUAUUUAUGUUUAUUUGUAUGUUUAACACUAUGCUUAACAAUAUAAAAGUAGAGCCUACAUAUUUGUAUGCAUUUAUGUUGUUCUUAUGCACAAAAUAGAUAAAAAAAAAUAAGGCUACGAAAUGAUAUGGGCAAUCUGGUCGAUUUGUUUGUGAGAUGAGAAAUAAAAGAAUGAGAAAUAUAGAUAGAGUGUUGUUUUCUGAAUUCAUUUGAUAAAACCUGUGUUGUCCUUUGAAUUGCUUGAAAAUGAGUGCUAUUUCUGAACAAUGUCUCAAACUAGUGCUGUUCGUGGAUUUUCGUCCAUUGCCUAAUCUGAUGUGUCAGUGUUUGAAGGAAAAAACGGAUGGUGUGAAAUGCACUCCUGCCUAUUUCUUCUCAA